AGCAGUAAUGGGGAAGUGCGAGGUGUGUUGACUCGGCCGAUCACAACACAUGGCAACGGCGCAAUGGAAAGCAGGCAGCUAUCUUGGCGCUUUCCUCUCGUCUAUGAGGAAUUCGUCCACUUGGACAAUGCCGUUCUUACUGCAGUGCGAUGUUUUUCGAGCCCACUGACGUGCGCAAGGCAGUAAAGCCAUUUCUGUCGGACGCCUGGCGCCACCUCUCCAUCAUUUCACCAAACCUCGCCGAGCUGAGAGCCAUGCACGCCGCCUUGGCUAGUGCCUUGGGAACCAGAGAGACCAUAGAUGGACCUGCUGCUUCAACAGUGGCUACCGAUCCCGUGGAGGAAGGUGCCUUGCUGGGCAGUCGUCUUGCCCGUCACAUUCCUGUCGUGCUCGUCACAUUAGGAGUUCACGGUGCGCUGCUGGUCGAGAGGUUACCUUCGGAGACAACGAAGGAAGGCCAGGAACCCGUCAAGGUGCUUCACUAUCCAACAUCGAAGCUCGAGAGCGUGCAGAGUGUUUCUGGAGCAGGAGACUGCCUCGCCGGAGGAUUUUUGUGCGGCCUGCUGCAGCAGCUUCCCUGGGACCGGUGCAUGGGAAUCGGGAUGGCGGCUGCCCGUAGGUCUCUGAUGUCUUCAGAUACAGUUCCCGACACGGUGGGCGCAGACUGCCUCGAUGCUGUCUCCACGUCACGCACAGUGGAUCUCCAGCGAACCAGCACUGCCAAAUGAAGCUCACGCAUUGUUACCACGUUUCGAAACACCUAUGUCGUUUACAUUAGUUCUUCUACGAAAACAUUUCGGUAUUCGGGAAAAUUGGUAUUUUGUGAACAAAGAGAUUGCUUGAAUAUACAUCUCUUGUGAAAUGAAGUCACUAAUUCCA